CCUGUACUAUGUUCGCAGUCUCUGGUCAUCUCCUGUACUAUGUUCGCAGUCUCUGGUCAUCUCCUGUACUAUGUUCGCAGUCUCUGGUCAUCUCCUUUACUAUGUCCGCAGUCUCUGGUCAUCUCCUUUACUAUGUCCGCAGUCUCUGGUCAUCUCCUGUAUAUGUCUGCAGUCUCUGGUCAUCUCCUGUAGUAUGUCUGCAGUCUCUGGUCAUCUCCUGUAGUAUGUCUGCAGUCUCUGGUCAUCUCCUGUAGUAUGUCCGCAGUCUCUGGUCAUCUCCUGUAGUAGGUCCGCAGUCUCUGGUCAUCUCCUGUAGUAGGUCCGCAGUCUCUGGUCAUCUCCUGUAGUAGGUCCGCAGUCUCUGGUCAUCUCCUGUAGUCCGCAGUCUCUGGUCAUCUCCUGUAGUAUGUGCGCAGUCUCUGGUCAUCUCCUGUAGUAGGUCCGCAGUCUCUGGUCAUCUCCUGUAGUAGGUCCGCAGUCUCUGGUCAUCUCCUGUAUAUGUCUGCAGUCCAUUGGUUCAGAAUAUUUUUUUUCUUGUUUUCCUCCUCUA